ACUAGAGGAUUCGAUCUCUCAAAGAAAGAAGAAGAAGCAAAGGAAAUGUCGGAUUUUCUCCCAAGCGAUGUGGUGGUCGAGAUCCUCAUCAGACUCCCUGUGAAGUCACUGGUGAGGCUCAGGUGCGUUUGCAAGGACUGGUGUUCUCUAAUCUCCAGCAACACCUUCAUCGCCACCCACACCAACCGCCAUGACAACAACAAGAGCGGCCUACUUCUCUUUCGGUACGGAAAAUCGAUUCGCCUUAAUAUUGUAAAUUCUGGACAAUACGAGAACUUUAGUCUGCGCACUGAUGAUGGAUCAUUUGGUAAUAACAAUAACUUCAUCCAAUUGAGUUGCCCACUUAAACCACAUUCUUUUUGGUCUCGUUAUGACUUUACCAACAUAGUGGGUUCGUGGAAUGGGCUAUUCUGCUUUGCUUACAAUGAUCAUUAUCAGAGAAAUUACUAUAGCUAUACUCUAUGGAACCCUUCCAUUCAUAGGGCUCUAAGCCUUCCAGAGCCUAACUUCACCCUCUCAUUACACGGCCGCUCCAAGCAUUCCCAUGGAUUUGGCUACGACCCCUCUACCAAUGAUAUUAAGCUGGUCAGACUUGUAUAUCUUGAAGGGCGUCUCCAUGGCUACAAGGUUCCACCGCUGGUCGAGAUCUAUACGCUUAACACUGGCUGCUGGCGAGCCAUUGCUGCCCCUGCUCCAUCAUAUAUUGUCAAUGAGCGUUGCUUAUCCGUUUUUGUCAAUGGGGCAUCCCACUGGGUAGCGCAUACUCCACCAGAAGAGGGCACUUUUCGCAAUGUGAUAGUGGCGUUUGAUAUGGUUGAUGAAGUUUUUCAUGAGAUUCCAGUGCCCGACUGCUUUGUUGGGAAGUUGUAUUUGAAUAUGACUGUUGCGGUGCUUGACGGAUUACUUUGUCUUGUCCCCUUUAAUGAACGAAUGGAGGAACAGUCUUUUUCUAUAUGGAUCAUGAAAGAGUAUGGCAUUGGAGAAUCUUGGACUAAGCUAUUCAACAUUCAUAUCAGUAAAGGAUUAAAGAGGGUGGUAGCCUUCAGGAAAAAUGGUGAAGUUCUAGUUACUGACAGAAUUGGGGAGCUUCUUUCGUACGAACCACAUAUCAAACGAGUAACUCAACUUGGAUUUUUAUCCUCUACCGAAGAAUCGGAAACUGGAACUAGGUAUUGUGAGGACUGGUUUUAUUUGGAUAAAUACGGGGAGAGCCUCAUUUUACUAAAUGCAAAAAAUGGAGUCUCGGGAAGAUAGCAUAAGAAGAAUGUCUUGUCUGAAUUGUGAGCAUACUUGGAAGGGAGUUGGCCUUUUUAAUCAGUGGAAGAUCAUUUAUAGGUUAAUUGGAUUUUCGACCCAUUCAGUGACGACCAUGAAGCACAAGAUUUAUCAAGUACUCAAUCUGGUUUUUGGUUGAAUCCUCUUAUUUUAUAUUUGUUAGGACUACAAGUAUUGUAAUACUCAACACUAAUGUCAGUGAUCAGUCCUGAAUCAAAUUGUCCCCACCCCUCUAGUGGCAUAACAACACAAUAUAUCAUUGUUGCAUUUUGUCCUAAGAUUGUCUGUGACUUAGGAUUCUGAUAUGGCAACAGCAUAUUGAAUUGUUAGUUUAUGUUGUCACAAUUGACUCAAAAUUUCAGUUUCUCAAGCAAUUCUCAUUUCGCUGGAUGUUAAAUUGAAAAACUUUUGAUGCAAACAGCUAUAUAUUGCAUUGAAAUUUUUGUA